AUGCGUUUCCGUCCCCUUCUCCUCACUACAACGUUGGUGUCCUUCUCCGUCGCGUCCGCUGCAACCGUCAAGACUCGCUGUCCUGAUUAUGGUCAUGGUCAUAGUCUGAAAGCCGAGUCACGUAGCUUGGAUGAGCUGUACGAGCUUGCCAUAGCUGAAGGAGGCCAAUUGAUCGUAAAGGCCGGCGGAGACGAGGCAUAUCAACAGAACUCUACUAUCUCAGCGUUCCAGCAAAGGUUCCCAAAGAUGAACAUUUCGAUAACCGUUGAUUUGUCGAAGUAUCACGACGGCGUCAUCGACCGCUCUCUGAAUCAGACCGGAAAGGCAGGUACUGACGUCGCCCAUCUGCAAACCCUCCACGAUUUCAUCCGGUGGAAAGAUGAAGGUCACCUCCUCCCAUAUAAACCUGCCGGGUGGGAUCAGAUUCCGGACGACAUUAAGGACGCAGAUGGCGCCUACUACGUACCCAUCGCCUACAUUUUGUUCUCCAAUAACUUCGCCACUGCUAAAACCAACAUCUCAGAGGCACCCACGGAAUUCCUUGACUACCUCGACUGCAAAUGGAAGGGGAAAAUUGUGUCAACAUACCCCAAUGACAACGACGCGGUUCUUUUUCAAUUCUACAAAAUUGUGCAAGCGCAUGGUUGGGACGCUAUCUACAGAUUCAUUGCUCAGGACAUUCGCUGGGUCCGCGGAACUGCCACUCCCAGGGCGAUUCUCCUCUCUGGCUCGGAGCAUGCUGUCACAUUCUCUACAGGCUCUGGUUUCAGCAACGGAAGCUCUGGAGUUUAUCAGCAGUUUCCCGAAAGCGAUUUCAGCCUGGUGAGCAUAUGGUCCCAAAGGGCAGCAAUAUUCCGGACAGCAGAACACCCUAAUGCUGCAAAACUCUACCUCAAUUGGCUCCUCUCGGAGGAACAUCAAUCGUCAUCGGGAGGAUGGAGCGUGCGCAACGAUAUCGGGCAACAGGCCGGGCUGAAGCCUUUGUCGGAAUAUGGGGGGUCGUUGGAACCAGCUGCCUUUGAGAAAUUCAUGGUAGAUCGGGAUUUGGUGGAACGAUAUCGUCUGCAGUUCGAGCAGUUGAUUGGUACUGCACAAGGCGUAGUCAACAAGGGUCGGAAGUUCGUACUCUCCGGCAGUAGUAUUGAGCGGAAGAUCCAGGCAAAACUAUUGAGUUUCGUUGGAUAUAUGCUGUGUAGCGAGAAAAUACGAUGGUGGUUGGAUGGCAAGCCGGGACUCCGGGACGAUGAGCCGUUGCACGUGCUCAGACAAAUCCCGAAGACCUGUUCGAAUAGAUUCGAAUUUCGAACGCCGUGGCCUGUGGGCGCCAAUCUGCCAGGUUCUCUACCAGUUCGGGUGCACACAGCUUCUAUGUAA